GAAGGCUGGAGCCAGGGAGCUGGAGGGCGCAGGUCGAGUCCAUCAAGCAGUCCGCGCUUGGGGCCACGCUGCCGCCGCUGGGGCGGGAGGACGGGCACAGCGACCUUAUGUUCUGCGAGGGGUGGCCCACCGAGUGGGCCCUGGACGGCCAGGGCUCCGCGCCGCCGCCGGCCCCGCACGCGCGGGCCGCGGUGCAGGAGUGGCCGAGCGCGGACGCUGGCGUGGGGCAGACGCCACCCGGGUGCGCGUUCAUCCAG